UACCAUAGCGGUAUAGCCUAACAUUUUGUGAUUACGUUUUCGGACGCCACGCUCUUUUUCAGUCUUGCCCACGUUCCUGAAUCUUGUAAGUAAAAGAUUUCGGCUUGCGGGUUUUACUCGAAUUCUUCAUUCGCGUUUUUGUGUCUGCAACCUAACACAAGACAGGAACCAUGGACAAACCAGUAGUGUUAUCUCGCGUAUUGAAGGUCUUGGGCCGUACCGGUUCCCAGGGCCAAUGUACCCAAGUCAAAGUUGAAUUCAUCGGCGAACAAAACCGUCAGAUCAUCAGGAACGUCAAAGGACCCGUGCGCGAGGGUGACAUUCUCACGCUGCUCGAGUCUGAGAGAGAAGCUAGAAGACUUCGAUAGGAUUAUCCUGUAGAUGUAUCCAAUUCUGUUGAAUUGUUCUUGCUGGUGGAUACUGUUGCUGUUGCUGUUGUUGCUGUUCUGAGUGUACGUCUACAUGAAUUGUUCACCAUUCUUAUAAUGUAAACUGCAUUAUUAAUAAAGUGUAUACUACAAACAAUAGAAA